AUGGCUGAAGUGAAAAAAGUCCCAAGAAAGAGGUUUGUUGGAAAAAACGCUAAGAAAGACAAUGUAUCUGGGUCCUCGAGGGAUGUAGAGGACACACAGGUGGUCAAUACACGCGUUAAAAGUUCAGGACGAAUGGCAACACGGAUUCCUGAGGAAGUUUUGAAUGAUAAAGGCAUAAAUGAAGCAGUGAAAUUGCUUCCUGAAAACUAUAACUUUGAAGUACAUAAAACCAUUUGGCAUAUUCGCAUGAGAAAAGCAAAGCGCGUGGCUUUGCAGCUUCCAGAAGGGUUAUUGAUGUUUGGCUGUAUCUUGUCUGACAUAUUCGAACAGUUUUGCCAGGUGGAAACGAUAGUUAUGGGAGACGUCACUUAUGGUGCCUGCUGUAUUGAUGAUUUUACAGCUAGAGCUCUUGGAUGUGAUUUCUUGGUUCAUUAUGGUCACUCUUGUCUUGUACCCGUAGAUCAGACACCUAUCAAGGUAUUGUAUGUGUUUGUUGACAUUAAAGUUGAUUUAGGCCACAUUAUCGCAUCUUUAAAACAGAAUCUUUCUUCAAAGUCCAGAUUGGCUCUGGUGGGUACAAUUCAAUUCGUUGGUUCUUUAAAUACAAUUAAAGAAGAGCUGGAGAAAGUAGAGGAAGAUGGUAAGGGUGGAUUCCAUUCAGUUAUUCCCCAAGCCAAGCCUUUGUCCCCCGGUGAAGCUCUCGGAUGUACUUCUCCAUAUAUUGACAGAAAUUUGGUGGAUGCUGUCGUUUACAUCGGUGAUGGUCGAUUCCAUUUGGAAUCUGUCAUGAUUGCAAACCCUGGACUGCCUGCGUAUCGUUACGACCCCUAUUCACAUGUUUUAACAAUAGAGUCGUAUGCUCAUGAAGAAAUGAAAGAAAUCCGGCACUCCGCGAUUGAGAAAGCCAGAAGUGCAAAGAAGUUUGGUUUAAUUCAGGGCACCCUUGGUAGACAAGGAUCGCCGAAAGUUUUGGAUAAUUUGAAAGAAACUUUGAAAAAGAGCAAUAAGGAAUUCGUAACUGUAUUAAUGUCUGAAAUUUUUCCAGAUCGUCUAGCCCAGUUUACAGAUGUGGAUGCUUGGGUUCAAGUCGCUUGCCCGCGAUUGUCCAUUGAUUGGGGUUAUGCUUUUCCAGCACCACUUUUGACUCCAUACGAAGCUUCUGUCGCUUUUCAAGCUGCACCGUGGCGUGAAGUCUAUCCCAUGGACUUUUAUGCAACGAAUUCACUAGGCAAUUGGACCCCCAACAACCCUGAAAACCGGCCGUUGCCGCCCAGAAGAAAAGCUGAGCGUGCUGCUGCUGCUUAG